GAGGCAGCGGAGACACUGGCCCAUUCGCACAUCCGAGGCAUCUCUGUCCAGCAUGGCCAGGUACACGCUGCUGCUGCUCCUGGCGGCGUGGGUGCUGACCGGGGAGCUAUGGCCGGGGACUGAGGCCCGGGCAGCGCCUUAUGGAGUGAAGCUUUGCGGGCGAGAAUUCAUCCGAGCAGUCAUCUUCACCUGCGGGGGAUCCCGGUGGAGGCGAUCGGACAUCCUGGCCCACGAGACUGUGGGAGAUACUUUCCCAGAUGCAGAUGCUGAUGGAGACAGUCUGGCAGGCGAGCUGGAUGAGGCCAUGGGGUCCACCAAGCGGCUGGCCCUGACCAAGUCACCCCAGGCCUUUUAUGGGGGGCGACCCAGCUGGCAAGGAACCCCCCGGAUUCUUCGGGGCAGCCGAGAUGUCCUCGCUGGCCUUUCCAGCAGCUGCUGCAAAUGGGGGUGUAGCAAAAGUGAAAUCAGUAGCCUUUGUUAGUUCGAGGGCUGGGCAGCUGUGGGCAUCAGUACCAGUGCCCCAGUCCUGCCAUCCACUUAACCAGUGUCUGGCUGGGCAUCUGUCUUUUGAGCCUCACACAUUCAUUCAUUCGUCUGCAAGUCACAGAGUCCAGGCACUAUGGGCUCAGGCACAGUCCCCCGACACUACCUAUCCAACUUUGCCUUUUGACCAGCCUAUCAUGACCCUGUCCCCUGAGCAAGCUGUGCCCCUGCCUGGACAAGUGGGGACCCCUGAUCCUGACCUCUGACCUCUCCCCAACCCUAACUAUGCGUUUGCCUGGCCUACACACUCCACUGCCACAACUGGGUCCCUAUUCUACCCAGACAGGCCACACAGAGACCCCUGCCCCCUGCCCAGUCCAAACUGUGGCCAGCUCAAAUUAAGCCUCUGUCUUAGUCCAGCCCUUGCACGCAAGCUUCCUUUUCCCUGCUUUCCAUCCCCUCUCUUCCAACUCCCCUGCUAGAGUUCCAAGGCUGUGGACCCCAGAGAAGGUGGCAGGUGGCCCCCGUAGGAGAGCUCUGGGCUCAUUAGAAUCUUCCCAAACUCCAAUAAUAAAAAUUCCAAGACU